AUAUAUAUAUAUCAACACAUAUAUAUGUAGCACAAGAAAUGGGCAGGAAAUGGAGUUUUCUCUCCGAAAUGGCAGCCAUUUGGCUGCUGCUGCUGAUCUACGUGCUGCUGCGGCAGCUGAACAAGGCGCUGAACAAGAUCGUAAUGCGGCGAGCGGAAGCUGCUGGCCGUUUGAAGGCAGCAAUGGCAACAACCAUUAGCUAUGGCAACACCGCAGCAACAGCAACAACAACAUCAAAAACAACAGCAGCAACCGCAACUGGCCAAUCAACAAAACGCAGAAGAAGCAAGAGAAGUCGAGCCGCUGCCGCUGCCGCCGCUGCUGCUGCCGCUGCCUCUGCGGCUGCUGUGCAGUUGUGGCCGCCAAGUGCUGCUCCGAAUCAAAGUCAGCUCAAUCUUUUAGAGCCAGCUCCAAUGGGCAAUGCACAUGGUCAGAAUCGGGCGGCAGGCAGCAGCAGCUCGCCGCAGGCAACGGGCAGUUUUCUACGCCUGGCAGCGGGUGGGCGGCACGGUCCUGGUUGCAUGCCACCUUUGGCGGCGCUGGAGGACAGACGCAACAGCAGCAGCAACAGCAGCCAUCAGCAGGCGCGAGUUUUUAGCCGUUAUGUCAAGCAGAAACGAGAUGUAUUCCUGCAGGCAACUCCGCCGGUGUCGCCCACGUCGCUGCCCGCCUCACCGCUAGCGGACUGGACUCCGCCGGAUGUGGGCCACGGACAAUUGAAUGCCAGUGCCGAACAAAUGGAUUUUCAUCUGAACAAUAAGGACUUGCUUGAGCUGAAGCGUCGCUGUCGUGCUGAUAAGAUCGCCAAUUUGAGCUUGAGUCGCAUCACAUACUUGAGCAUCGCUCAUGAGUUGGAGCCAGAGACUGAGCAGGCGCUCGAAGCGGAGCUGUUGCAUACGGAGCUAUUGAUUACGCCGGAGAGCUCGCCGGAUGAGCGGAUGGCAUUGCAGCUGGGAAAAAAGCUCGCUCAGGUGCUGGGCAGCAGUUCAGCCUCCCCCACGCCACCAGCCCAACUUGGCGAGGCCAAUAUGAUGCCAGUGGGCGUGGCAACGGGAUCUGUUACGAUUGCCACGCCUCGGGUCGACUCCCCUCUGGGCAAUGGGGGCGACCUCUUUAACAUAUCCAAGGCUAAGAAAGUGGAACUGCAGAAUCUAUCGUCACGUUUCACAGCCGCCGUCAAUCCGGCCACACCGCCCACAAAUCUAACGGAUGUGGGCGUGGCAGCGACAGCUGUAACAACUACACCGAUACCAACUCCAACUUCGAUUUCGACAGCGACUACUCCGCUGGAAACGCAAUCAACUGUUAUAAUUUCGUUUAAAUCAUCUCAAACACCUGCCUCAUCUCAACGCCCAGUCACGCCCCCUGACAGCAGUGCUGCUGGGGAGGGAGGUCAGCACGUAGAUCAGGCUAGGCAGUUGGAUGCUGAUGCAUCGACGCUGGUUCCGCCACCGCCUGGCUAUGGCACACCCACAAAUCCGCUGCUGUCGAGCAAUGUGCUCAAGAAGGUGGCCAGCUUCUCGGUCGAGAGAUCGUCGUCGACGGGCAGUAGCUGCAAUAGCAGCUGCGCGCCUAGCGCUCAGUCGCCAGCGUUAGCCAUGGCAGCGCCAGCGCCAUCUGGCGACGAGAGGGAGACAACAUUGACAGCCACGCAGCUGGAGCAGUCUCAGUCGCAGCAGAGCGUUGCUGCCGGCGCAGGGUCGCGACGCGGCUCAUCUUUUGUGCCGGAAAAGUUAAGCUUCGCUGCAUAUGAAAAGUUCGAAGGUCAAAUGCUGAUCAAAUGGUUAAUAUCAACGCUGCAGAGCAGCUCUGCCUUGGGCUUGUUGGGUCUGGAAUCUCUGAAUGCAAUGACGCUGCAGUUCUGUCAAAAUCUCAAAUAUGUGGGCGUAUUGAAGCAGAUCUCCAAUGAGCAGCAGCAGCAGCAGGAUGCGCCCUCCGGCUUUAGCCCCUACGAGAUGUACCAGUGGACGCAUACGGAGCAGCCAACCACCUCGUUGCCGCUCACACCUGGCAAGCUGGACAAGGUGACCGCCUGGCCAUUCUCCAGCACGCCAGCCGUGCAGAAGGCGCAUUACGAGGGCAGCUCGACGCAGACGGAUAGCCAGAAGACACUGCAACAAAUCCUGCGCAAGCGUCUGCUCAAUUGCGCCACCCUGGCCGAGGUGCAUGCGGUAGUCAAUGAGCUGCUGAGCAGCGUUGAUGAGCCGCCGCGUCGACCCUCCAAGCGCUGCAUCAAUCUUACCGAGUUGCUCAACGCCAGCGAGGCGACCAUCUAUGAGUACAACAGGCCGACGGAGAGCAGAAGCUAUGCGGAUGCGGGCAGCCAGACGGAUGAGGAACCGCUAUGCCAGGGCUCGUGUAAGUGUGGCGAAAUAGCUGCAGCAGAUGCACCACCGACCACAGCAGCGCCGCCUCCACCGCCGCCGCCUCCACCACCUCCACCGCCACCUCCUCCACCGCCUGGCAUGGCAGUUGGAGCAGCACCACCGCCGCCGCCGCCCCCACCACCGGGCAGUGGCCCACCUCCACCACCACCACCAGCGCCCGCCUGUCCAGGCAAUAUGCCGCCACCACCGCCUCCUUUAAGUACGUCCAAGUCGGGCUCAUCGCUGGCGCCUGCACCACUGCCAGAUCCUGCCGAGGGCAAUUGGUUCCUUCGCACAUGCAUUCAGCGCAAGAGCGCUGUCAAUCCGCCCAAGCCGAUGCGUCCGCUUUAUUGGACGAGAAUCGUUACCUGUGCUCCGGCUGUGCCGCGUCCUCCGUCGGUGGCCAAUUCGACGGAUAGUGCAGAUAACAGCACAAGUUCGCCAGAGGAUUUGCCAGCGGCUGCUGUGCCAUCUGGUCCAGCUUCUGCUCCUCCACCCAGCAAGGAGAUGUGGACGGAGAUUGACGAGACGCCGCUGGAUAAUAUCGAUGAAUUUACGGAGCUCUUCUCACGGCAGGCCAUUGCUCCAGUCAGCAAACCCAAGGAGCUGAAGCCGAAGCGUGAGAAGUCCAUUAAAGUACUCGAUCCGAAGCGAUCACGUAAUGUGGGCAUCUUCUCGAGGAGUCUGCACAUGCCCUCCAGUGAAAUAGAACAUGCCAUUUAUCAUGUGGACACAUCGGUGAUCAGUCUGGAGACAUUGCAGCAGAUCAGCUUUAUGCGAGCCACGGAUGAGGAGCUGCAGCGCAUCAAGGAGGCCGAUGGGGGCGAUAUACCACUGGAUCAUCCGGAGCAAUUCCUGCGCGAUAUAUCCCUAAUAUCCAUGGCUAGUGAGCGCAUCUCGUGCAUUGUCUUCCAGGCGGAGUUCGAGGAGGCUGUCACACUGCUCGUCCGCAAGCUGGAGACAGUGUCCCAAUUGUCGCAGCAGCUUAUCGACAGCGAAGAUCUCAAACUGGUCUUUUCCAUAAUUUUAACACUGGGCAACUAUAUGAACGGGGGCAAUCGACAACGUGGCCAAGCGGAUGGCUUCAAUCUGGAUAUUCUGGGCAAGCUCAAGGAUGUCAAGUCCAAGGAAUCACACACCACACUCCUCCACUUCAUUGUGCGCACCUACAUAGCACAGAGACGCAAGGAGAUGACCCUGCAAGAGAUGACGCUGCCCAUACCUGAACCCUCGGAUGUGGAGCGAGCUGCCCAGUUGGACUUUGAUGAAGUUCAACAGCAGAUCAAGGAUCUAAACAGGAAGCUGAUGGCUUGUAAACAGACUACGGUAUUGGUGCUACGCGCAUCUAGUGAACAUCGCGAGCCUUUCAAGUCCAAGAUGGAGGAGUUUACCGCCAGCGCCGAGAAAUCAGUUGCGAAGCUUCAUCAGCUAAUUGACGAGUGCCGGGAUAUAUUUUUGGAAACCAUGCGCUUUUAUCACUUCUCCCCUAAGGGCUGCACCCUGAGCUUGGCUCAAUGUACGCCCGAUCAGUUCUUUGGUUAUUGGACGAAUUUUACCAAUGAUUUUAAGGACAUAUGGAAAAAGGAAAUUACUAUUCUCAGAAAUGAAAUUAUCAAAAAACCGAAGCAAUUGGUGGUGGAAAAUCGCCGAGAUAGCUCCACUAAGGAUCGAAUUUCGUGUAAAGCUCGUGUGAGACGCAGCAAAAACUAGUUGUUAGUCCAAAAUU